CUUCUGCAUUUUUCUUCUUUGAGCCAGCAUUGGCUACCGUUGGAUGUCUGCUUUUCUUCAAGAAGGUUCCACCCGAGAUGAAACCUCACCAAGCGAGCCCCAUGGUUAGAUUACUCUUUCGCAAAUGCUUCAAGUAUCACCGGAGUUGCCCUCUUCCAUCUCUUGCUAAAAAAAGCCCCCUUUGGACGGAGCUGAACUCCCUUCGCCACAGCUGUAGGAGCAGGACCGUUACAUCUGCGAGGACCUUCCAUGCCAGCCCCAGGGCUUUGGGAAAGCUCUGGGACAGCGUCCCCCUGCAGGCAUAUUUACAGACUUUGGAGCAAGAAUAUGAAAGGAUCGAUUCGCUGCUCAGCACCUGCUCCGUGAACGAAUUUAAGGAAAAGGACCUCAGCCUACGACGGGCUAAAUUAUUCCCCUUGGUGCAGGCGUUUCAACAAAUACAAGAGGCCAAAAAACAAAUCCAGGAACUGGAGAAAAUGUGUACAGAGCUAACUCAAUCAGAAGAGAAACCUCUGCUAGAACUUGCUACAGAGGAGAAGGAAGGUAUGAACCAGAGGAUUAGAGCGCUGUAUCUAGAGGUGAGCAGAAUCCAGCUGCAUCAAGCUGUUGUG